AUAAAAAAAAAAGCAAUAAAAAUAACAACUAAACCAGAUGAACUGGACAAUGUGAUUGAAUCACCUUCCUCACCAAUGCCUAUUGCAGUAAGUGAAGAUAUAACAAACAAAGAUGAAUUAAGUAGUAAUGUUGAACCUGAAGUUAUAGUAGAUUAUAAGUUGUUUAUAAAAAUAGCAAAUGGUGUUUUAUUACCAA